AUGGAGUCUCAUCGGAAAAGACUGCUUGCGACAACGGUCGAUGAUCGUGCCGAAACCAAUCCCAACCAACGAUUUGCAGUUAUUCCACAGGGAUUGGAAAUAAGCGAUGGAUUCCAAGACCUUUCAAUCAAAGACCUGGCACGGGCCGUGAACUUCAUUUGUUGGUGGAUCGAAAGCUCCAUUGGACCGACACAAUACCCAGAGACAUUGGCCUACAUGGGGAGAAACGAUGCGCGCUAUUUCAUAUUUAUGCUUGCAUGCCAGAAGACUGGAUACCAGGCCUUCUUGCCUUCCACCAGGAACUCGGACGAAGCCCAUGUUCAUCUACUGAAAGCGACAAACUGCACCAAGUUCUUCUUCAGCGAGCAGCGCCAAACCCGAGCCCUCGAGCUCCAAAGACUUGUUUCGAAAUUGGAUAUAUUCCAGGUCCCGACUAUGAAGGAAAUCCUCAGUGACACGCGUGGUCUAAAACACUAUCCAUAUACUAAGUCCUAUGCCGAUGCAGAGAAUGACACAACGUGCAUCAUCCAUAGCUCUGGAACGACAGCCAUGCCAAAGCCGGUGUAUCUCACCAACGGCUUUUUCAUGACCAUCGAUUCUCAUUCCCAUCUCCCAAAGCCGACAGGUCGUCAGCCAUCAAUGUACUACGAUCUGGAUCAAACCGAGCUGGUUCUGGGUACGACGCCUUUCUUCCAUCUACUGGGGCUAGUAACAUUCUUGCUCUCAGUGUGGUUCGAAGUUCCCACUCUCGUUGGUCCAGAUAAACCACUCUCCGUCGACCAUAUGAUAGAGCUGAUGCGCACUGCCCAUCCCACAGUCGCAGUCUGCGCACCCUCCAUCCUGGAAGACUUUAGUCACUCCGACAAAGCACUGGCUUGUUUGAAAGGACUCAAGUCCGUUUACUUUGGCGGCGCCCCUCUGUCCCUAGAAGCUGGUGAGCGACUGCGCAGGUAUACGCAGAUGAUAACGAUCAUGGGAAGCAGUGAGGCUGGUGUGAUCCCAGCACUGGUGCCGGAGGAUCCAGCCAACUGGGGCUACCUCGAAUGGAAUGAAGCCUUUGGUGUGGAAAUGCACGAUAUCGGCGAAGGUGUAUUCGAGAUGGUGAUUCCUCGACAGGAGAAUGCUCGCGAUUUUAAGGGAAUUUUCCACACUUACCCCGACAUAAAUGUUUAUCCGACCAACGAUCUAUAUACACCACACCCGACGAACCCACGUCUGUGGAAAUUCUAUGGGCGUAAGGAUGAUGUGAUUGUCCUAAGCAACGGGGAGAAGUUCAAUCCUGUCGGAAUGGAAAUUAUCAUUGAAGGACAUCCGCUGGUUGGAAAGGCGGUGGUAGUCGGCCAGUCCCGAUUCCAGGCUGGGCUGCUCGUCGAGCUGAGCGAUGGAGGACCAGAUAUGGACGAGAAGGUCUUUGUUGAUGAGAUCUGGCCGACAGUGCAAAUAGCUAACCAGGGCAUUGCGGCUCAUGGCCGGGUGAUGAAGAACAAGAUCUGGUUCGCAGUGAAGACGAAGCCAUUUAAGACAACUCCUAAAGGGAGCGUGCAGCGCCGGGCUGUGAUUCGAGAUUACGAGAAAGAGAUUGAUGCUAUGUAUGCCGAAGACCUCGAGGAUGACUUGGAGCAGUAUCUACCAGAGACGUUGGACCGUGAGAGUGUUACAGAGUAUGUUCGCCAGAUUAUUACCCGUGUUUUGGAGAAACCCAACAUCACAUACACUCAGGACUUUUACUCCGCCGGUCUUGAUUCUCUGAUGACCAUUCAUGUCUCUCGGGUGCUGCAAAAGGGCAUCCAGUUACGUCGGCCAGAUGUGAAAGCAGGAGCCAUCAGUGCCCAAACGAUCUAUGGCAACCCAACAGUCGACCGAUUGUCACGAGUCGUAAUGGCUAUCUUAGAUGGAAAACCCCAAGCUGGUAUCCCACGAACGGAGAAGAUCCAGCGACUGGUGGAAAAGUAUACAUCCGAUCUUCCAGCGCGGGAAGUCUGCCCCCAGAAUGGACUGCAUUCGCCUUCGACUGUGAUACUGACUGGUUCAACUGGCUCACUGGGAAAUUAUCUACUGCAUUCCUUACUGAGCAGCGAUUCCAUCGCUAAAGUCUACUGCCUCAAUCGCUCAGAUGCCGAAUCACGGCAGAAGCAAGGCUUCGAGGAGAAAGGACUGCACCUUGACACAUACGACUGGAAGAACAAGGUCGAAUUCCUACAAGCCUCAUUCGGAGAACCCCGAUUCGGCCUGAAUGAGUCCAAGUACGAAGAACUUCUCGAUUCCGUCGACACCAUCAUCCACAACGCCUGGAAAGUCGACUUCAACCAUUCCGUCGAUUCCUUCGAGGGCACUCACAUCCAGGGUGUGCGACGCUUUAUCGACUUUAGCUUGAGCAGUCGCAGCAACGCCCAUCUUCACUUCAUCUCCUCAAUCGGCACUGUAGGCGCUUGGACCCCAGAAAUGGGUGCCUCAAUCCCAGAAGUACCGAUAGAGGACAUUGCGGUCGUUCUGCCACAAGGCUACGGUGAAUCCAAGUAUAUCUCCGAGCGCAUCUGUCUAGAGGCCUCGCAACGAUCUCACGUCCCUACGUCGGUGUAUCGCGUCGGACAGAUUGCCGGACCGACCACCGCGUGCGGACAAUGGAAUCCGCAGGAAUGGCUACCGACGAUCAUCGCAACGUCGAAAGCGAUGGGUAAAAUUCCUAACCGACUGGGCUCGACCGCGGUCGAUUGGGUGCCAGUGGACACUCUAUCGAAUAUUAUAGUGGAAAUCGUCAACACACGUCAUAGCUCCGAAGAGCGCUGGGCCGUGUUUCAUCUCACGAAUCCUAAACGAGCACCAUGGUCGUCUUUGAUCUCGGCUAUCCAGAGCCAGUAUCCGGUCGAGCCAGUUCCGUUUUCCGCGUGGGUUGCCGAGCUGGAAAGUAUAAACCCUAACAGUGCGGAUAUUGCCUCAAAGCCCGCACUCAAGCUUCUAGGUUUCUAUCGUGGGCUCCAGGGCGAUAGUGCUUUGUCUGUGGCGCUGGAUGUCCGACGGGCGAGAGAGGCAAGUGUCAGCAUGAGAACUCUCGGCCCGAUCUCUCCCUCGCUCAUGCGAAAUUGGUUACAGCAGUGGCAAUUUUGA